CUGUCGCGUACCGACUACAACUUUGACUCCAACGUGAUCGACGAGAUCGGUCCCGAAGGCGACGGUGAGAUCACCAUCAGGGUGCGUGGAGACGGACUGAAAGAAUACAAGCUCGCCGAGACAGGCCCGGACACGGGCGUGUUCACCGGUGAGAUAACUCUUGCCGGCUUCACGUACGACCGAAUCGACUACACCGCGCCAGGUACAAGCGGCAGCGGACCGACAGACGGCACACUCAGCACGAACUACGAGGACGGACUCAGUAUCUCAUUCGAGUACUCCGAUUCGGAAGCCCCACUUGUGGCCUCUGCCCUUAUCCGAUGGAACGUCGGCGAGGUGCAGUGGCUUGAGGCAAGCUACGCGGCGACCGGUUCCGGAAUAGUCCGAAUUAUCGAUCCUGACAUGAACACCAACCCAAGCGCAGUGGACAACAUCGACGACAUCGUGGUCUACUCAGAGACAUUCCUGGGCGGCAUAGAGCUCACGGUAACCGAGACGCAAGAGGCGUCCGGAAUCUUUGAGGGCACGGUCGAGUUCGAUCCGGAGUCCGCCUCGCAAGGGCACAGACUUCAGGUCACCGAGGGUGACAUAGUCACCGCCGAGUACGACGACUACACGCUUCCACCUCCUGACGGCGAGGGCGACAGCCUUGCGAUCUCUGCAACGACACUGAUCGGAUCUAUCGUACCUCCACUGGAGCGCGCGCCGGCAUCAAACCCGGCCAUAGUGGAUGCCUUUAACAACGUACUGGCUUCGGUAUCAGUCGACCAGCAGGUCCAGAUCACAGCCGACCUCACAAGCGGCCAGGACAGGGACCAGGACUUUGCGUACCUAGUCCAGAUACAGAACGAGGACGGAGUCACAGUCCAGCUGACAUGGCUCGCCGGCGCCCUUGGUGCUGGAGCCACGUUCAACGCGGCACAGUCAUGGACGCCUAGCGAGACAGGAAGCUACACAGCAACCAUGUUCGUGUGGGAGUCCGUCAGCAACCCGACCGCACUGUCACCACAACUCUCAAUAACGAUAGACGUAGUAUAA